CGAUCGGGAUGAUCGGAAUGUUGACUAAAAUAAUUUUACCACCAUUCAAAAAGACUGUGUUUCAACUAGACAUAACUGAAAAUAUAAUUUCUCUGAAUAUUCUACAUGUUACUAAAGAUGAUGAAGCGAUGUACUUCUGUGGAAUGGCUCGAGUGAAUGUUGUUGAGUUUUCUAGUGGAAUAUUUUUAUCUGUAAGAGAUAAAGCACAUCUGGACGUCUCGGUGGUCCAGAGCGGCGUGUCGGACUCGGUUCCUGCAGGAGCGUCAGUGACUCUGCAGUGCUCGGUCCUCUCUGAGAGCAGAUUAGCAGAACUCCAAGUGCUCUGGUUCAGAGCUGCUCCACCACAAUCCCAUCCUCAAAUCAUUUACACUCAUCACAACAGCAGCCAUCAGUGUGAGAGCGGCUCUUCUACACACACCUGUGUGUACAACUUCCCCAAGAACAUCCUCAGCCUCAAUGAUACUGGAACUUACUACUGCGCUGUGGCCAUGUGUGGGAAGAUCAUUUUUGGGAAUGGGACACGAGUACAUUUGGCAAAGUCUGCGAAUCCUUUCCUGAUCAUUCUGUCAACAUCUCUGGGAGUGUGUGGGAUUCUGAUCACUGCUCAAGCCAUUUUCAUUUGUAAAAGGACACAUUAUAAAUACCACAGUGGUAAGUAUUUAUAUGUUCAUUAAGGUUGUAUAAAAUGUUUAAAAUUUGGCCAAAAAAUUUUUUUAAGCAAAUAUUAAUAAAAAUUUCCAAAUCUAAAAUAUUAGAUGCGCGUCUUGAAAAUAUUCAGGAAAAUUCAAAGACUCUACUUAUAUUCCUCAUUCAACAGCACUGUGUAUACAAUACAUGUUUAAAAAGAAAGACAAUAAAACUUUACAGUUUAGUGAUUUAACCUGUAUAACCGAUCAAUAAUGAAUUGUAAUCAAUGUGUUUUGCUUUUUUUUUGCACUUCGUGAAGGUCCUGAGAAAGAAAACGCAACUGAUCAGGUACAUCUGACAUCUUACACUGUACAUAUGCACUGAACACUCAGUCAUGCUGCUAUAGGAAAAUAAUCAAUGAUGGGGUGGUGUGAUGAAGCAGAGUUACUGUUACCAGCCUAAAGGAGUUGAUUGUUUUCCUUUAACAACAUGUUCUAAAGUAUUUUCCAACUACUGUAUAGAAGGUGCCGAUUCCUUACGUAUUAACAAAGUAGAAAAUCUUUCACGUUCAUUCCCACAGAGCUGUAAUGUGGAGUUGAAUUACGCUGCUUUGCAUUUCAAUAAGAAGAAAGCCAAAAGCGGGAGGAGGAAGAGCGAACAACCUCAAGACACUGUGUACUCUGAAGUGAGACGUUUCACGGUCACUGACUGAGGGGGCGUUUACAUGACGAUGUGCUAAAAAUGUAAAAGUUUUUCCCUUUGCGUCUUUAAAAAAAAAGUUUCACGUACUGACGACAACGUUCACCUGGAUCCACGAAAACAACUAAAAACGCUGUAUUAUGCAUGCCAGGCCAGUAGUUGGCGAUGCCACUUUGUAAAGAAACACUAUGCACCUGCACACAUAAGCAUUUACGUCAACGUGAACGGCAUAUUGAUCCCGGCAAGGCUGCGCUAUAAACAAAUACAAGUAAACAGGGAAAGCUGUGGUUUUUCUGGAUAAAAAUACAUAAUA